GUAAUCCUUCGAUAUUCGCCGCACCUAGCCGGAAACUAGAGAUAAGGCAUCGCGCCAUAAAUACAGAUUCAGGAGCCCUGCUGGCUGUAUCAGUCAAGCAGCUCGCCUCAACAUGACAGGACACCUCCUCGUCACCCUGUGCCUCCUGGUGGCCGCCGCGUCCGCCCUGCCAGGCGGACUCCUCCCAAGGCGAGGGUCCUGGGCCGUGGUGGAGCCCACCACGGAGACGCCCUACACCAAGCCCACCGACAUCCCGCCCACCAUGCCGGCCUCGUGCGCCGAGCGCCCCGAGAAGAACGACUACCUCAUGAUCAUCGACCCUAUCACUUGUACCCGGUUCAUCGUGUGCGACGGCCCCAGGGAGACGGUCAUGUCGUGCCCCGCCGGGCUGUACUUCAACUACGAGAAGCAGUACUGCGACUGGCCGGAGCUCAGCCACUGCGACCCGCGACCGGGCCUGCCGUCCACCACCACCGAGUACGUCACCGUCACCCCGGAGCCCGACGUCACCAGGCCACCACGGACGCCGCCAACACCAGCGGACACGCCGUCUGAGGACACACCGUCUGACGACACAACGCCCGAAGACACGACGUACAUCAUAGCAUCAAGUGCAUCCGAGGAAUAACAACCAGGUUGCUGCAAUCCCAUUGCCUGUUUUUUUUACUUUUUGUACAAUAUUUAUUUGUAGUAUUUGUAGUAAAUCGUAGUAAAUGGCAUGCAUUGUAGUAAAUUGUAGUGAUUUGCAGUAAAUGACAUGCAUUUAAAAAAAAACAGUCAAGUCCUUCUGGA